AUGACUGGUGGUGAUGAUGUUCAGCCCCCUAAGGGCCCUCGCUAUGAACCGUUUUCAGCCUACUAUCUCCAUCCGAGUGAAGGUACAGGGGCUGUGAUAAGCCCUAUUAUGUUGAAAGGAGACAACUAUGAGGAGUGGUCUCGUUCUUUACGCAAUAACCUCCGUGCGAAGAACAAACUCGGUUUUAUUGAUGGUACUAUUAAGGUGUCGGAUGCUAAGUCUCCUGAUUUUGAUCAAUGGGGCAUUGUUAAUUCAAUGCUUGUUGCUUGGAUUGUUAAUACAUUGGAUGUUUCUGUGCGAUCAACUGUUCGAUUUCCAGACCAUGUCAAAUCUUUGUGGGAUGAUCUACGUGAUAGAUAUUCCCUUGGCAAUGGCCCUCAUAUUCUAGAGUUAAAGGCUCAAAUUGUAGAUUGCAAGCAACGUGGUAGGCCGGUGGCGGUGUAUUUUGGUGAGUUACAUAAAUUACAAGAUGAGUUGGCUAGUUAUGUUAAAAUUCCCAAGUGUACGUGUACGGCUGCUCCUGAAUAUGCUAAAAUUGUUGAGAGUGAAUUACUCCAUCAAAUUUUUAUUGGUUUAGACCCAAAGAAAUUUGGCAGUGUGGUGUCUACUCUCCUCAUGAUGGACCCUAUUCCUUCUCUCAAUGUGGCGUAUGCAAAGGUUUUGUCGGAUGAACGCAAGCAAACCGUCUCGGAUGUCACAAUAAUCGUCCAGAUGGUGCUGUUGGGUUUGCUGCGUCUGGGUCAUGUGAAGGAGAAAUGUUUUGAUCUACAUGGCUGGCCCGAAUCUUUUAAUUCUAGUGGUCAGCGUGGUGGUCGUGGGUCAAGUAGAGGUGGCCGUGGUGGUUGUGCGCAAGGUUCUAGUGGUCGUGUGUUUGCUGGCAGUGUGAGUAGUAGCUCAAAGCAAAAUAAUGGUGAUGAUAUUAAUAAUGUUGACCGUACAAGUGCUCCAACUUUGAGUAAUGAACAGUGGGCUCAAUUUAUGAGUGCUACUAAGGGUGUAAAAACCCCUCCUUCAACUGACAAUAAUUCUCACGUGUCUCAAUUAUUAGAAAAGCAAAAAUAUAUUGUUCUUUUCACUAACAAGCUAUGUACUAUUCAGGUCCGCACUUUGGAGAACCUGAUUGGAGCGGGGGUGCAGUAUAAUGGGGUCUAUCUCUUCCGGCCGGUCCGUGCUCGUAGUUUUCAAGUCAAUUCUUUGGUGGUCAAGAUGCAAGUAUGUUAUGGCAUAGGCGUUUAG